AUGGGGAUCUCGGAUGUAGUAGACAACCUGCGUUCGCUGAAAAAGACCGUCAAAAAACCAAUCAACGCAUUCCGUGAGACGGUUCACAAUGCAUACACCAAAGCGUACGUUGGAUCUCCUGAACGAGUGGAUGAGUUCUACAACUAUAUCAAAGUCUACACUCCUAGCAAGCACAACGAUUUGUGCAUGAUGAGCAUCACAGCGGACAUCAACCGGUUCUCGAUGAUCCCUGACAAGAACACGUUCUUCCAUGUUCUCAAACUCGAAAGACACUUCGAUCGCAUGAUUGCCACUCGGGGAACCAGUGGGGACGUCACCGGGGAUAUGGCGAUCGAAAUCCUCUCUGGUCACAAUGCUUCGUUCAUGAGCAAGUAUCGUCGUUACAAGACUCGUUCAGCAGCCAAGGAUUUGAAACGGAGAAACCAACGUGUCAAGGCAUUGAAUGUAAGACGUCACUGUCAACUUCCCGAGUCGAAAACUGAUGAUUCAUGCAUCUACAGUAACCGCUCAUCCUAUGACAUGCCAAUUCUUAAUGUGGGAGAUGAAACAUUGCUUCCACAAGCGGAUCCACUUCCCCAGACCUCGCAAUCUGCAAAACCAGUCGUGGAGAAGAACCCACCGGUAAUUCUGAAGAAGUCGGCAGAAUUGGAGGAGAUUCCACACAAGAAGGAAGAUAAGAAGAAUAUCACUGUAAUGUGUGAGCUCACCAAGCCAGAGACUGUUGUGGCAGCUCCAACUCCAGUUCAGAAUGUCGUGGUGGCUCCUGCCAAGGAAGACGAUUCGCUCGCUAUCUCGGCUGCCAAAGCGAAUCUCAUUCAGAAGAAACAUCAUGUCAAGAGCAGCACGGAGAAAUCAAUGAUGUCCACUGUCACCAAGCAUGAUGCCAAGUUCAAGGUGGCCAAGUCAGUGCCGGUGAAGAAGGAAAAGAUGGAAAAGGCCGAGGGAUUUACUCAUCAGAAGCCAUUGGAGGCAAAGAAGACGGUGGAGGUACUAGAUGACGAUGAAGAUGAUGAUGAAGUGGAAGAGGCGCUUGCUGAAAUCGUGAAAAACCUGAAUCUAGCUGGAACGCCAGCAGCGAAGGCCAUCGUUCAGCCAAAGAUCGUCGUUGAACAAGAAAGUGAUUCUGAAAGCCAGGACGAGUUUGACAAGUGUGAUUCUGACGAUUCAGAUGACGGAAGCGACAUCGAGGAGUUGGAGAAAAUCGAGGACAAGGACGUGGAUGCACUGGAAUAUGAGAUGAUCUAG